UCUUGGCAAACAUGGCUAGUGGAAAAAUGCUAUAUAAUUGCCGGUUAACUUCAAGGAAGUUUAUUAUUCGUACGGAUACCGAACCUGGCAGUACGAUCACUGUGUUACGGCUCCAAUAGUGGACGUUGUGAAAAAAGAAGCAGUGAGUGUAGUUUUAUGAUGGAAGGAGGUGGUGUACUUACGGCAGAACGCAGUCCAGCACGUGCAAAUUUGCAUGUGGCUUUCACUGAAAAAGGGGAAGUAAAAGAGCGCAGAGAGAAAUUUCUGACAGCCAAAUAUGGGUCUCAUCAAAUGUCCCUUAUUCGUAAAAGGCUUGCAGUAGAAAUGUGGUUAUUUGAUGAACUAGAAAAAUUAUAUGAAUCAGUUAAUGAAAGUGGUAAAAAUCGGGAAGUUGAAAUUGAUAUAGAUGAACUUCUUGACAUGGAUAGUGAUGAACAUAGACGAAGAUUCCUGCAAGAAUUAUUGGUUGAUACAAAGAAACCACCGCAUGAUAUAAAUAAUGAUCCUGUGCAAAUACCAUUCGUACCUUCCACACUGAUAACGUGGUUUAUUACAAUAGGAUCCGGCGGAUGAAGCAGCGGAUUUAAACGCUGCGGUAUCUCAGCGAAUUUCAUCCUUGAACAAGCGAAUAUUUGCUCCAAAUACUUAUCACAGUUUAUGAAUUCUCUUUCAUGACUGUCCUGAAGUUUGUGCGUUUUUAUAUACUGCCAGAGGGCGGAAAUAAUGACAGGACGCGUUUGUGUAUGUACUCCUAAAAGCCGCGCUAAUCUGGGAUCUAAUUUGAACUGUAAAACGAAAAAGCAUGUUUGUAAAUGGGAAUCUUUUGUUCAAACACCGAUGGGAAUGAAGUGUUUGAUUACUUGUAAAGGCUGGUAAUCAAGGAGCAAUAGAAUGGUACAUCGAACGUUCUUAUCCCCAGGUCUUUUUACUUGAAAACCAUCGGUCUCCUGCGUUGUCAGCGUACGGUGCCAUUCAACCAAAUGAUUGUCAGGUCCGUAUAAAUCUUUGUCUAAUUCUAUAACUAGACUCUUAAAGAACGAAGAGAAUUUCCUUUUCACCUGGAAGACAUAACGUAAAUUUGAUAUUUUCAAUUUUUGCGUAAUAUCUAGUUACAUACAUUGCUUUUUACCUUAUUAGGGUCAUUCUUUGUAUCGUCCAACAGCCGACCUUCGACCCUAAGCUCCCAAGACGCGACCGAACCCUCUUCUCCUUCGCCAGCUUCUUUCGCUGGAUAGAAGGUAUUGGAAAUAAAUAUUCGUAAUUUUCUCUUUUGCUUCAUUGGACGUUUAAGCGCUUCCUGUAUGUCGAGUCGUUUUCGCAUUAUUGUUGCAUCUAACUUCCUCUCGAAUGCAAGUAGAUCCAUGUAUGCUUGAGAUUCUGGCACUAGAUCGCGUACUUUCUGUGGCAAUAUUUUAUCUGCCAACUUUUUCUUCUUCUUGGAUGUGGAAUGUGAAAAAUCACUGUUCCAAAAAUACCUAAAUGAGUUUGUGUAAAAAUCAUAGAUUCAAAAAUCAAUAAACCAAUUUUGAAGCUUAUGAAAUGCAGUGAAGUUCCUGGUAAAUUUGUAAAUGGUAUUUUAAUGUUUCUGCUACUAUAAGAAUCGCAACUGAUGAUAACAAUCAAAUUAAAAUACUGUCAUUCUGAACAAAAAGCAAAAUCAUAAGUAAUCAGCAAACUAGUUCUCAGAAGAAAAAUCUUUAAUAUCAGCCAUAAGGUGAAUAAGUUAAUGAGCAUAGUGAUAAAUACAUGAAUGCAAAAUUGAAAUAAACCAUGCAAUGUUGGUAGACUUACGGUUUUUGUUGUGACAUAGGUAUACGUUGAUCAGCACUUCUCUUCCCAACUGGUGGAGUAGGCAUAGGUCCUUGACGCAUAUUUGAAUACGGUUGAUUUGCUCUAAUUAUACUAGCUGUACCAGGACCUGCAGUUGCCAUUUGGGGAGGUGGAGUAAAACCUGAUCUUUGCUGCAUCUAUAGAAAAAAUUAAUUUAUCAGCUCUGCUACUAUAUAUAAGUUAGUAAUAUACUCACAGGAAAAUUUGGGCCAGAAUAUUGCCGUAAAUUUGGGGGUACAGAUGAUGCUGCAUAUCUUUGAGGUGGUGGGCCAUUAUUCCCUGUAUUUGGUACAGGAAAUCUUUGUGCCAUGACUCUUUGCUGACUAUCCUAGCGAUUGAAAUCAACAAGCUCUUUAUUUACAUACAUAUCCAGAUUUUGUUCAUAGUUUAAUACAGAAAUCACUCAAUAUCAAGUCAGUAGUUGUACAGUAAAAUCAUAUGAACUAAAGUAUACAAUCGUUUAUUAAACAAAUAGAUUUAUUUACAGCAUCUCGUUAUACAUAAAAUCGUUUAUUUAUAGAUGUACAAAUAACCGAUAAUAUUUUCUUCACAAAUGAUCCGUUUUACCUGACAAGUUAAUUAGGAGAAAACAAAAACAUAACCUUCAAAUGUGUAUCUUAAUUAUAACUCUACAUAGGUUACAAUUAAUCACACUAUCUUAGAGAUACAUUAACAUCGAUUAUUCGUGUAACGAAAUUCAUAACGUGAGAUGAACAAAUGUGUAAGGAAAAUAAAUGUUUAAAAACA